CUACAGGACCCUGGCCACAGAGCACGAAGCGCUGAUGCAGAAGUACCUGCAUCUGCUGCAGAUCGUGGAAACGGAGAAGACUGUGGCCAAGCAGCUACGGCAGCAGAUCGAGGACGGGGAGAUCGAGAUCGAGCGGCUGAAGGCAGAGAUUGCCUCCCUGCUCAAAGACAAUGAGCGCAUCCAGUCCACCCAGACUGUCACCCCCAACGAUGAAGACAGUGACAUCAAGAAAAUCAAGAAGGUGCAGAGCUUCCUGCGGGGCUGGCUGUGCCGGCGGAAGUGGAAGACCAUCAUCCAGGACUACAUCCGGUCGCCGCACGCCGACAGCAUGCGCAAGCGGAACCAGGUGGUGUUCAGCAUGCUGGAGGCCGAGGCCGAGUACGUGCAGCAGCUUCACAUCCUCGUCAACAACUUCCUGCGCCCGCUGCGGAUGGCCGCCAGCUCCAAGAAGCCUCCCAUCACGCACGACGACGUCAGCAGCAUCUUCCUGAACAGUGAAACCAUCAUGUUUCUGCAUCAGAUCUUUUACCAAGGCCUGAAGGCCCGCAUCUCCAGCUGGCCCACGCUGGUGCUGGCUGACCUGUUUGACAUCCUGCUGCCCAUGCUCAACAUCUACCAGGAGUUUGUGCGUAAUCACCAGUACAGCCUGCAGAUCCUGGCCCACUGCAAGCAGAACCGCGACUUCGACAAGCUGCUAAAGCACUACGAGGCCAAGCCCGACUGCGAGGAGAGGACGCUGGAAACCUUCCUCACCUACCCCAUGUUCCAGAUCCCCAGGUACAUACUGACACUCCACGAGCUCCUGGCCCACACGCCUCAUGAGCACGUGGAACGCAACAGCCUGGACUACGCCAAGUCCAAACUGGAGGAGCUGUCCAGGAUAAUGCAUGAUGAAGUAAGUGAGACGGAGAACAUCCGGAAAAACCUGGCCAUCGAGCGCAUGAUCAUUGAAGGCUGCGAGAUUCUCCUAGACACCAGCCAGACCUUUGUGAGACAAGGUUCCCUCAUCCAGGUGCCCAUGUCCGAAAAGGGCAAGAUCACCAGGGGGCGCCUGGGGUCUCUGUCCCUAAAGAAAGAGGGCGAGCGACAGUGCUUCCUGUUUUCUAAGCACCUAAUUAUCUGUACCAGGGGCUCUGGAGGAAAACUUCACCUGACCAAGGUAAGGGAUGCAGGAAAGGAGCUGUGGG